AUGAAAGCACCGAACGCGUAUUUGUUGUUCCUCGUAUUGGCAUCCCUCUGCGUAGGCUCCGCUUAUUCCAGUGACUACCAAGAUGAGUCAAGUGUGCGUAAAUUUGAGCUCUACGACGGUGUGUACGUGAAAGUUCCAGAAAAUGGCAACGAGUCGAGCAAACUGAUGUCCUUUGAAAUUGACGCGAAUAGAAAUGUGGAGACAGGUCGGGGUAAACAAAAGAAGUUGAUGCGGAGAAUUUUACCCAUGUUCAUCUUACCUUUCGUAUUCCAGUCUACGAUUGUGCCACUAUUUCUUGGAUUGCUGAAGUUCAUGCUGUUCAAGUCUUUGAUGAUCGGAAAGUUAGCGUUGGUUCUAAUCAUAAUCAAUGCAUUUAAAAACAGCAACACCUCUAAAGGUAGACAAGAUGCUGACAUAGCAAGUUCACAUUAUGGCUUUAAUGGCAACGGAAUGGAAGAAUAUGGAUCUUAUUUUAAUUCGUAA